UCUGUCGAAGUAAAUAUUAAAUUCAGUGGCGAUCUUGCUCGAAAAUCGUCGCUGUUCUUUAUUUUCAACGACAGUAAUGGUUCUGUUUCUUCCCAUGAGGGGUCUAUGAAUGAUUGUUGUUGUGUUGAGGAGAAAUAUUGGAUAUAUCGCGCUCCGUGCGAUGAAGAAGUAGAGCCACGUGCAACCGAGGAAGAGGCCGUCGCUUUUGAGGAAAACAUUUAAACGUGACUAGUGAAGAAACGAGGGAGCUAGAGCUUCAAAAGCAGCUUACUGGUGACGCAGAAGUUCAUAAUACAAAUUUUAGCACAUAUGUUCUUAGUUGAGCUUUUGUAGCAGGAUGAAAAUAUCUCUUGAAAGGCCAUAUUUAUUUAAGGUGUCUUCGAGCAGUACUCUCCCAGCCAGUUUACCCUUGUUCUUAUUUCGCUGGAAGUUCAAAUCUUCUCCCUUUGUCAUGCAAUGCCUUUAAGCCGUUAUGCAACUUUUUUCCUAGCGAAACUGUGGCAUACCAUGCUUUCGAAGAAAAUCAAUACCCUGUUUAUUUCUAUGAAUUGUGUUUUACUACACCUUACAAUAGACUCGUGUUUGUGCAGCUUUUCAUCUUCGGAAAAAAUCAGAAUGCUGAUAAACUUUUACAAAGGACUACUUUUUGUUACUUUCAUGGAACAAAAGUAUUUUGUCCACACUGUUACUGUGACACCCCGAAACUGUGAACUCCAGAAACACAUGUACUUAUGUAAUUUCCUUGCAAUUCAAAACAACUAAACAGCAGUAGUAGGGAGUUGGCUCUUUUUUUUUUUUUAUAUGGAGGUCCCUGUAUGGGACCUCCAUAUAAAAAUAAGUUAAUUACAACAAUAAUUGUAAAAUAUUCGAAGUAAGAACUAAAUACAUCAAAAGAAUAGAAUUGAUAGAUGAAAUAAGUUAAUGAAAACUGAAUAUAAUAUUAAUGGACAUAAAGAAGAGGUUAUAUAUUAUUAAAAUAUUGUUUCUUAAAAGUCCUAUAAUUUACCAAUGUCUUCAAUCCAUUUAAAGAGUUCCAUUCAUUAAAAAACAUAUAAGCCCACUUAGAUUUCCCCCAGUUAGUUUUUACUGUAGGGAGAGAAAACAUAGAUUUAUUUCUUGUAUUGUGGAAGUGAAUUUCCUCAUGUUUAAUAUUAUCAUAAUUAAAAUCAUUAUUUUUUGUAAUAUAAUUAAAAAUAAAAGAUAACCCAAGAAAGAAUGUAUUUGCUGAGAGAAUGCUCUUAACAUUCAGUAUGCUUGCUUGUCCAGGAUCCGGAGAAAAUCAAAAUCAACACCUAAUUGUUGUUUUGAUAUGUCGUACAAUAUAGAUAUGGCGAUAAAACCCCAAAGUCAACAGCUGGCAGGUUGUUUUCUGUAGUAUGGAUAAUGACUGGUGUCGCUGUAUGUUCUGUGCUGACUGCCACACUCUCAAGUGCUUUGACGAAUGUCACAGAGGAAAGAUAUGAUGUCACCACAACAAAAACCAUUGGCGCACAGAAGGAGAGCUUUGCCUUUAAGCAAGCUGUAAAGCUCGGAGCAAACGUUGUAGAUUUUGAAAACCUACAGGAAGCGUUCUUUUCGUUGGAAAACGGAAAUGUAGAAGGCAUUUUGGAAGAAAUGUUCACAGGGAUCGAGUUUAUCAAGCAAAAACGCAAUGCAGGAUUAUCGAUUGUUAAAGUGCUUGAAAGACAACACUACUACGGUGCCGGAAUAAAAAGGGAUGGCUUCAGUGCUAACGUGUUGGACUGCCUACCAAAAGUCAUCAACUCUGUAUCCGAGGAUAUCUAUUCCAAUACAAGCAGACUUCUUAAAUCCGUCAAACAUUUUGAUAAGUCCUCCUCUCAGAUGAGUGAAACAUCUACAGAUUCAGCUCAACAAAACUACAGUGGCUUAAUUGAUCAAGAUUCCGUAUCAUUCAAAGCAACGGUUAUCGGUAUUUCUGUUACCCUAUUUCUGUUCAUAACUUGCUCCUCUGGCUUUGUGGGGUUCAAGCAUCUGCGAAGAAAGAUAUCAAAGGAACCAAUUGACUUAGAAGCUGGAGUAAAAUGAGGUAAAGUCAAUCCGUAAACUUUUGUGGAGCCAUGGUGAUUUUGCAAAUUAACUGUGAACAAGAGAUUUCCCAAUAGUGAGCUAAACCAAAUUUCACUAUUGCCUUUUGUGUAGUUGAAAGGGUUAUGAUAACUUGCCAUUCAUGACAGCUUCUCGAGACGUGUCUUUUAAGGAAACAAGAAGUCAUGUAGAGACAUAUCCUCAUUUUCUCCUUGAGACUUAAUGAACUUUCUUAAAGUUGAAUCAAUUUUUUGGAUGGGAAGACAUUUCUUGUCAUGAGAAUUUGCUAUUGUUCCAUGUUGGACGUUGAAGCAGCUUUUCUGUGAGCUGAGUUUACGUGCAGGUAAUGUCUGCCUUCACUGCUUUUAAAAUGUGUUUUGAAAUUACCUUUGA